AUGACCAUAACGAAUUUCGGUUCCUAUCCCGACUUGGAGAACAUCGAAUAUCAUGGUAUCGGCAUGAGCCCGGAGGUCAACGUACUUGGCUUCUGUCGCGAUGGAUCGAGAUCACCCGGCGGAUCCAGCAUCAGCUUAGAACCGAGGAUAGAGGAGAACAGUGUGUUCCGCCCAAAGAUUGAGCUCCCAAAACAAGCUUUUCGUCGGUCAUCCGCCCCAUCUCCUGAGUCUAUCGUGGAUGUCAAUGGAAGCACUGCAAAGAGUAUACACUUUCAACAUGACGAGACAGUACGAGCAGCGCGGUCGCGGCCUGGAACUCCAGCAACGCCUGAGGCUUCAUCGUCUGGUAGCUUGGCGUCAAAAACACCACCAACCGCUGGGCCGUUGGAAUCGUACUUGGCAUGCCCUCAAUCGCAUGAGAGACGGGCGCUAUGGCUGCCUCCCGACAACGAUGACGGGCGCGACGCGAACGCUUCCGACUGCGGAUCGGUAAUUCUUGGGAAGAGAAGAGUACCUGGAGUGUAUGAACAGAUCGAGCGUCGCACGUCGCCUUUCGGGACUACCGAAGGCACCGAAGAUGCCAAAGCGGAGCAGCCAUUGACGCAUUACUUGUCCUCAGUCCACCCCCACGAAGUACUAGCGUAUCAGAUGUGGGAACUUGCUUCGAAAAACAACGAGCAAGACCCAGGCUUGGAAUUGAGUGUGCCCAGGUUAUCGGAAAAUGCGGUAUUGACUUCGAAUUCGCCCACAUCUUCCGAGGUCAGCAGUCAUAGGGAAGUCGAUAUCCCUGCAGCACCUGCAGUGCCGUCGCCCGGAGUAUCCGUACCACAAGGGCCCAUCGAGGUGGGAUAUGAACGUCGUGGUUCGGACUCAGCCAUAUCAGACCUGGAGACUGAAGAGCUGUACCAGCUUUUAACGGCGGCGGGCAAGAGAGGCGGGGAGAACCAGGACAUUCCAGCCAGCGAGAGCUCCGAGGGGGAGAGUCGAGAAGUCCAAAAGAAUGAGGCCUCGGAGAGCAUGACGAGACAGCUGGCAGCUACAUGA